AGUGUAGUAACACAGUUGUAGCCCCGCCUCUAUUGCCAUAUAUGGAAGAGCGACACCCUCCAGGGGAGCUGUGAUUGGACAACGCGUGUUCUCCCCAAUGUUUGUAAAUUGUAGUCUGGAGACGCCGCUGUGUGGAUCUCAGCGCGCAAAUGUAUUUUCUAAUAUUGAUAAACUUUCCCUGUUUAGAUUUUAUUUGAAAGUUACCGGCUUUCAGAAGCAGCGGGCUACGAAAUAUCGGCAACGUUGUGGAUCCUAACAGGGCGAACAAGGUUGAAGUAAAGACUAGGAUGGUCCUAAGGCAGAUGGAUGCCGGCAAAGCUUUGACGGCGGCAGCAGCCAAAGGGAGUACCAGCGAGGUGCAGCGGAUCCUGGAGGAAUGCCGGGUGCAUCCAGAUACUCUUAAUGAGUUUGGCAGGACUGCGCUACAGGUGAUGAUGAUGGGGAACUCCAAAGUUGCCAGUUUACUGUUGGAAAAAGGAGCGGAUCCCAACGUCCAGGACAAACAUGGAAUAGCGCCUGUUCAUGAUGCAGCCCGUACAGGAUUCCUCGACACUGUGCAGGUUCUGGUGGAGUAUGGCGCUGCAGUCAACAUCCCAGACCAGACUGGUGCCCUGCCGAUCCACAUUGCCAUCCGGGAAGGGCACAGGGACGUUGUGGAGUUCUUAGCACCGAGGUCUGACCUGAAGCACGCCAACAUCAGCGGUCAGACAGCGAUAGACGUGGCCAGAGCUUCAUGUGUGCCUGAUAUGAUUGAUUUGCUUUUCGCUCACAUUCAUAGUUAAUGGGAGUUGUAGGUGCUGGGUGCCUCCCGGUAACUCAAACCUAACAUUUUCUGCUUCAGACCUGGUGACUUGAAUUCAUUGCUGUGUAAAGGAUUUUUUUUGUUGAUAGUGGCUCUGCAUUAAUAUGUGAAACAGAACAUAUUGUCUUGGCAGCUUAUUUUCAGUGGAUGGGUGUCUAUAUACAGUAGACACCUCUUUUGCACAGUGCAAUUUAGGCACCUUAUCUGUUUUCCCUACUAAUUGGGAGUGCACAUUUGUAGAUAGGUUUAUCCCCCAGUGUUUUGUAAUUAUUACAUUAUUUUCUUUGUGU